AUGGCUUUCAACACCCAGGGCAACUUUUGGGACUCGCGCGCCGGCGAUGGCCGCGACCGUUCGCAUGUCCCCGGCCAGCCCAUGUGGAUUGCCUUUAUCCGCAUCGCCCAACUUGUCCUCGCGCUACUCAUGCUCAUCUUGACCGCAUAUUCCGCGUCCAAAUUCGGCUCUGAUGCUGCCGGUUUCGGUCUGACCUGGUUCACCUUCAUCCUGACCGUCGGCCUCAUCGUCUACCUCGGCGUCAGCAUCAUCAUCGCCCCGCACGUCUACAACGCCUGGGCCCAUCUCGCCCUCGAGUCCCUCUGCGUCAUCUUCUGGCUCUGCAGCUGGGCCGUCCUCGCCUCGUACGCCGCCGCCUGGACCAUCUACGACGGCUACUACUACGGCUACUACUACUCGGCCGGCAGCGGCUGGAAGUCGGCCAUCGACUGCAUCAAGGCCGCCGCCGCCCUCGGCGCCCUCCUCUGGGUCCUCUUCUGCAUCACCCUCGGCUUCUUCAUCGUGAACCUGCUCGCCCACCGCCGAAACACCGUCGGCGCCACCAACGGCGCCGGCGUCCACACCGAGACCAAGCCCGUCGGCGGCCCCGCUCCCGCCGUCGGAGCCACCGCCGGUGCCGGCGCGCCCUACGAGAUGGCGCCCGUGCAGCAGACCCAGCCCGCCGGCUACGCCCAGCAGGAGGCCUACCCCCAGCAGACCUACCAGCAGCAGCAGCCCGCCGCGUACCCCCAGGAGCCCCAGCAGCAGCAGACCUACCAGCAGGGCCCGUACGCCGAGAACGGCGGCUACCAGCAGCAGCAGCAGCAGCCCCAGGCUCCGGUUGCGACGCACCAGCAGCAGCAGACGACUCCUUAUCCCCAGUAA